GAAAAAGGGGAGAGUGAGGACGUGUGUUGGUGAAAGCUGGGAGGAAGGAUGGCUGCUCAUGUUUGAACUGCCUCAUAUGCUCAAAGGAAGAGUCAAGGCAAAAAUUCAGCAGAGAAACACACGUCUCACUGGGGGACGCAUCUUGCUCAUCAUUCGUGGGGAAGCAGAGAAGAUUUGGCAAUGCCCGCUGAAGUAAAAGAGGAGCAGAGUUCAGAGGGGCCUCCUCCACUAUCUUUGUCCCAGGAGGCGAAAGAGGCGACUGUGGAUAACCCGUCAGCCAAUGAGGAGCUGGACACGCCCACUUCCAUUGCCUCCGUGGUGACAUCGACCAAUGAGAGCUCGACGGAGACCGACACCCCGCAGCAAACAGACACUGAGGAGUCCAAAGCUGUGGAACAAGAGGGCGAACAGGCUCCAAAUGAGACCCAACAAUCCCCAGAGACACAGCAGGAGGACCUCCAGACACCAGACACACCUGAUCUUAUUUUGACUCCAGAUGUUCCGGAUGACUCUCCUGCUGAGCAACCACCUCCUGAAGCACCCGCCGAGUCUGUUAUAUCACAGCCGCCGGUGGUGGUGCAGCAGCCUGAGGAGCCUCAGCCGGUGAUCCCUGACAGGCAGAGCAGAGUGUACACCCUACCUGACACCUACAGAGGCAUCGGGGGGGAAUUAUGUCCAGGGUAUGGGAGCCUGUCCCGUGCCACCCUCCACGGCUACUGGCCCGCCAAGAACUUUCAGCCCGGGGCUCACUGCACGCUGCCCUUCCUCCGGGAGAGCUACUCUCCGGCAGGUCUCAGCAGCCAGGUGGAGGAGGAGGGCCUCAGCGAACGGGGAGAAAACCCUCUGGACAUGAAGGCUGAGCACCCGGCUUCCAGUUACCCAACACUGGCGGGGAUCCACCAGUUCAGGCCGAUCACCACCAUGGAGCUCCUCAGGGAGCCCUCCAGAACCAGAGGCGGUUAUGAUGAUGCCUUCAUGGCCCAGCUGGAGGGGAACCUGAAUCCUUUCUUCCAGGCCAUGUGCCGGGCUCAGACCCUGCAGUUCCCCCACAAACGCAGCAGCAUGGUGAGCCUGGACAGCCUCCGCAGAGACCCGCGCUGGAGAGACCCCAAUCUGCAUGAGGUGAUCUCCAUGCUCGGCCACCCGAUGGACCCGGUCAAAUCCAAUGCUGCCGCCUAUUUGCAGCACCUGUGUUACGAGAACGACCGCAUCAAGCAGGAGGUGCGCCAGCUUAACGGGGUGCCAUGCUUGGUGGAAUUACUGGACCACCCCAAGCCUGAAGUCCACCGCAAGGCCUGUGGAGCUUUGCGCAACAUAUCCUACGGAAAAGACCACAAUAACAAAGUGGCCAUAAAGAACUGCGAUGGCAUCCAAGCUUUAGUCAGGCUAAUGAGGAGGACGAGCAGCAUGGAGGUCAAAGAGUUGGUCACAGGUACACUGUGGAACCUCUCCUCUCAUGAGCCGCUGAAGAUGAUGGUAAUCAACAACGGGCUUCAAACACUGACGGAUGAGAUCAUCAUCCCGCACUCAGGCUGGAGGAGAGACGCAACCGACCCCUCCAAACUGCUGAGUGCUGAGUGGACCACCGUCUUCAAGAACACCUCUGGAUGUCUAAGGAACGUCAGCUCUGACGGGGCGGAGGCUCGACAGAGGUUGAGGGAGUGUGAGGGGCUUGUGGAGGCGCUCCUUCAUGCCCUUCAGUCGGCUGUUGUCAACAAGGACACUGACAAUAAGUCGGUGGAGAACUGUGUGUGCAUCCUACGAAACCUGUCCUAUCAUGUUCACAAAGAGAUACCCGGAGCCGAGCGUCUUCAGGAGCCCCACGGCAAUCAUCUGAUGAAAUCAGUGGGGCACCAGAAGAAGAAGAAUGAGCCCGACUGUUUUGGAGGGAAAAAACCCAAAGAGGAAUGGUUCAACCAAGGUUGGAAAAAUGGAUUAAUGGACAGAAAGUACGGUACAUUGGAUUUACCAAAACGUACAGAACAAAUGAAAGGACUGGAGCUGCUGUAUCAGCCUGAGGUGGUGAGGCUCUACCUCUCUCUUCUUACCUGCAGUCACAACCACAACACCCUGGAGGCAGCCGCAGGGGCCCUGCAGAACCUCGCUGCAGGACAAUGGGCUUGGUCCAGCUUCAUCCGGGCCACAGUGAGGAAAGAGAAGGGGCUUCCUAUUCUGGUGGAGCUGCUGCGCUCAGACGCUGACAAAGUGGUGCGGGCGGUCGCUAUUGCUCUCCGCAACCUGGCGAUGGACCGAAGGAAUAAAGACCUCAUCGGGAGCUAUGCUUUGAGGGACCUUGUGGGCAAUCUGCCUUGUGGGCAGCAGCACCCGGCCAAGAACCUUGAGGGAGAUACGGUGGUGUCUAUUUUGAACACCAUACACGAGAUCAUCACAGAUAGCCCCGAGAACGCCCGAGCGCUCAUACAGGGUCACGCAGUACAGAAACUGGUGGCCAUCAACAAGUCAAGCCAAUCAGCACGGGAGACCAAGGCUGCUUCCCAUGUGCUCCAGACAAUAUGGGCCUACAAAGACCUGCGACACACGCUGAUCAAGGCUGGUUGGAACAAGACCCACUUUAAGCCAACAGCUACCGGAGUGACGAAAAAAUCCAAGAGUGGAAAGCAAGGCGCCGAUGACAUCACCUUGCCUCUCAUGGACAAAAACCAAGAUGUAUACUCCAGUUUAGAGCCAAACGAUAGAGUUGGGGAUGCUAAAGGGCCUGUUGUGGAAAGAGACAACCUCCAGGCGCUAAGUGAGAGAAAACACUUCAUCAGAGCUGGCAGGCCUGCAGUGGGCCUCAUGGAUAACAAACCUCCACCGCUGGACUCCUGGGUGUAAACACGACAACACGGCCAGAUAAAUCCUGCAGAGACACUCUCCAUUGGUGAAAUACAGAUUUGUGCUGUUUGCUCAUUCUUGUACAGACAAUUAAAAUAAUUUCCUUAGUUUACAGGAAAUAACGUGCCAAACAUUUACAUGUAUAUAUUAUGGAGGUUAUCUGGCAAAACAUUUAAUAGAUUUUGUCUUAGGAUAAUAUAGCCUACUGUAUUUCUGAAAAGCUCCUGAAGGAUUAUGUAUGACAUGAAAUAGCCUGAAUAUGCAAACUGUGGUGAAUCAUGACUCCAAAGAUUAUAUGACAUGUACAAUUUGAAUUUUAUUGCUACACAAAAAGGAAGUAAUUUAUAAAAAGUCUAGUUUGCUGAGGCCUAAAUUAGCAUCUGUUGUUGUCCAUCCCCAUGGGUUAUGGGCUGAAAGAGAUUCUGAUAUACAAUUAUUUAAAUAUAAUUUGGUCAGUGUUUGAGAUAAUUACUAUUAGGGCCAUCGUCGGCCUCAAAACAUCCAAAUCAUUUUAAAUUAAGUUUAUUCUUGACAGAUCUGCCAUCAGACUCGACUAUGCUGUUAUUAGCGAAUCCUCUCUAUUCCAUUUGUUUCAUGAUGGGCAAAAGGGAAUUGUAAAUGUGUAACAAAAGACUGUUAAUAUUCCAAAUGAAGGUAUUUAUAUUGUAAUAUUUAUUGUAAUACCCAUGUUAUUAAUUAAAGGUUAUUGAUGUGCAUUAGCUAAUCCCGGUAAGUGAUCCUACAUUCUAUACAACUCUGCUUUGCAGUGGUCCUUUUUGCAUCGCUAUGUUGAAUGAAAAACGAAAAUAAAUGA